AUGUCAUCCACCCGGAAGCGACCCAAGGCUUCUCGCAUAUCAUCGGCCUCGUCGACCUAUCCAACCGAGAAUUUAACGGAAACGAACCCCUCCAAUCCCAACGAGAGCGCGGCCACUGAUGCAGAAGAAGACCUCACGACUCUGGCUAGCACCCAGCACCAAACUGACAUGAGUCAUGAAGCAAGUGACAUUCAGGAGUUGAAAAGAGCCCGCCGAGUUGCAGCGAAUGCCCUCAGUAGUAGCUAUCAGUCGUAUCUCGUACCCGAGCUCUCGGACCAACGAGACAAGCAUGGAAGAAGGAUGAUAUGCUAUCCUUGCAAAAUUUGUGGCUCUAGGAUUAAUCGUCCGACUUCGGACUCCUCAUGCAGUAACCUUAACAAGCAUGCAGCGACUUGCCUCCGCAAGCAAAAUGAAUCCAAGAAUCACCAGUCUCUUGCUGGACUUGGUAUCAAAGGGACCGGAGACAUCAAUCCCCAAGAGGCAAGUCAUACUGAUUCUGUUAAUCAACUCUGUGCAAUAUGGUGUGCCGAGGCUGCGAGGCCUUUUUCUGCCCUAGUUGAGGAGAGCCAUAAGGCCCUGCUUCAUCCAACAAUCAAGAGGUCUCUACCAGGAAGACAAACAGUCUCAAGUGACAUCCACAUGUUAUACUCUGCAAUACAAGAGGAUUAUAAGGCAAUUCAAAAGGCACACCCAGGUUCAUUGUACUUGGGUGUUGACGCCUGGCAGUCACCUAAUGGAUUUGACAUCCUAGGCACUGUGGUCUACCGAUUAGCCGAGGACAACUCUGGGGAAACAAAGCUUGAUUCAAUGCCUCUCGACUUCAUUCGGCUUGCUCACAGUCACACCGGUGAAUAUUUGGCGCAGACGGUUAGCUUGGUUGUGGAAAAGUUUGGGAUCCAAGACAAGGUCUAUAUGUGGGUUGUCAGUGACAAUGCUUCCAACAACAAGGUGAUGUUUAGUGAACUGAAGAAGAAGAAGUGGGCGCGGUUCAAAGGCGAGACGCAUUGGAUACGGUGUUUUGCCCAUGUGCUGAACUUGAUAGCUCAAGCCAUCCUCCAGCCGUUAGGAAGUCAAAAGAAAUCAAAGACAACAAACCAAUCAGGAUCAGUUCAUCUGGAUGACUCAGAAGAUUUGGGCUCUGGAGAUGAAGAAGAAGAUGCAGAGGAACAAAUACGACCGUAUUCUCAAGGCUUGGCUGAAUCAUCAUCAUUUCAUGAAGAUGUUGAUGAAAGCAACAAUGAGUCAAUUGCUCAAAAUGACCAGGAGGAAACUGAGUUGCUCACUCUCGAGAACAUUGAUAACGCAAGUGAUGAGGGUGACUCGGACGCAUAUACAACGGAGGGUUGCAAGCAAACCUUGGCAAAAUUUUGUGCCAUUGCUAAAAAGUUAAGGUACUCCCCCAAUUCAAAGGACGAGUUUCGUCAGAUUUGUCGUGAUAAGGGAUGUGCAACUCCUCAUACGAUCAAACAAGAUGUUCAUACACGAUGGAACUCAACCUACUCCCAACUCAUCAGCAUAAUCAGAUGUGAGGCUGCCAUAUCUCAACCCCUGGCUCGGCUCGCUUGUUCAACAUUGUCGUAUUCAUCGAUCAAAUUACUGAACACUUAUCAACCGCCAUCAGUGGGACAAAGUAUCCACCAGCGUUGCGCAAUGCUUGUCGAGUUGGCUUGA